ACGAUGUUGUAGGUAUAUCUUUCCAAAUGUCAGCGCUUGUUCCUCAGUGCAGAGGUGCUGGCUGGCUGUGUGGGGAGCGUGCACGCUGCAGUGUGUUACUGUCUGUCCGAUGUAACGUCCGCUUAAUGACGCUGACAGCCGACGGACUGGACGAAGAGAAACCUGGCGUUACCGCGUCAGGACGCAACUUUUUGUGAGAAAUUAUGAGAAACGAGAAGCUGUGAUUUCUUUACAUUUGACAGCUGAUAAGGAGGAGAUGGAGAACAAGGCCAUGUAUCUGAGUACAUAUGAAGAGAGAGAGAACGGCUCCAUGUAUGAAGAGGCCUGCGAUGGACACAACUUGUCCAAACUCAACCUUUGUGAUGAAAGUUCCACAAAGCGCCGCAGGAAGCAGGAUCAGUGCUGCGCUCACCUGAACUCCCUCUCGGCCAUCAAGUAUGCCAUUGUGUCCCUCUACAUCCUCGUUCUUCUCACCAUCUUUGGACUCUGCCUGGCAGUCUCACGUUCCCAGGUGUCUCCACAGCGACAGGAGGUGCUGAUGGAGAACGUGACCCGGAUGUCUGAGCGCCCUCGACUGCACCAGCAGACCGUUCAGGCUGACCUGUUGGAGAACAUCUGGAAACUGGAGAAUCUCUUCCAGAACCACAGCAACUGGCUGCAGAGGCUGGAAAUCUUCAUCAAGGGUCUGGAGGUGGAGCUGAGGAGCAUCCAGGCUGACUCCCUUCAUUCAGAGAGCUACCUGGUCCAGCUGGACGAGAGGUUGUCCUCCCUGAGUAGCUCCACCAACAGGAACCUGACUGGACUGAGUGCGGAUGUGGCUCGAGCUUCAACCUGGCUUCACAACCAGGACCUCCUUCUCAGGGAAACCUCAGGGCAGAUGAGCGGGCUGAGAGAGAAACUGGAGGAGGUUAACUGGAUGGUGGGAGCUGUCAAUCACACCUUCAGCAAUGACAUCAGUAUUCACCACUUAAAGAUACAGAAUUUACAGAUCCAGAUUAGCAACAUAACAGAGGACACCAGCAGUUUAUGGGUGACCCACGUCCACAUGGAGGCCCAACUGAGGAACGAGAUGGAGAUCCUCAACACGAUCACAGAGGACCUCCGGCUGAAGGACUGGGAGCACUCCAUGACCCUGAAGAAUCUCACCAUAUUAGAAGGACCUCCAGGACCAAAGGGAGAGAAGGGUGACACUGGACCAUUGGGCCCCCCCGGACCCACUGGGUUAACUGGCUUUAGAGGGCUCACGGGAGAAAGAGGAAUCCAGGGUCCUCGGGGAAUGAAAGGGUCAGCUGGGGACGAAGGUUUUCAGGGAGAAAAAGGAGAUAUUGGACCUGCUGGGCCCAAAGGUGACAGAGGAGAAAGGGGGUUGAAAGGGGAGAAGGGUGAUCGAGGAGACCAAGAAGAGACAACAGUGGAGAGUCUGGUGAGGCUGGUGAAUGGAUCAUGGCCUCAUGAAGGUCGGGUGGAGGUUUUCCAUGAACGCCGCUGGGGGACGGUGUGUGACGAUGUCUGGGAUAAAAAGGACGGAGAUGUGGUGUGUAGGAUGCUUGGGUUCCAAGAAGCCAGAGAGAUUCAUAAGACCGGACGCUUUGGACAGGGUACUGGAAUGAUCUGGAUGGAUGACGUCGCUUGCACAGGGACUGAGGACACCAUUUUCCAGUGUAAAUUUUCUGGUUGGGGCAAAACCAACUGCGGCCAUGUCGAAGAUGCCGGAGUGACCUGUGCCAUCUAAUCUUCAGAACCCGACACCGCUGCAGCUGCUGAAUAUCUUCUCAAACAGUGCCUUAAAUCUUUAAGAAGCUACAAGUUGCACAACAUGGCAAUAUUUUGCUUAUUUAUCUGCAAGAUUGCACGGGCUCACCUGAAAAGCCUCUGUGUUCUGUAUCAUCUAAAUCUGCAGCUUUUUUAGAAGGUCACAACUAAACAUGAGGCUAUUGUAGCCACAAGUCUGAAUCAUGGGGCCAGUGAAGUUGUGCACACUUUCAAAUGUUAUCCAUUUCAACCUUCACAAAACACAAUGUUUUCAUUAAGUGCACUGUGGAAACUGGUACGCAGGAAAAUGACUACAUGAAGAGACUCUUCAUCAGGACCGAUAUAUCAGACUGAGUUACAGAGAUUGUGCGUCUUCAAAGGGCUUAAAGUCAACUUUUAGGGCGCAGGUCAGAGGCUCAUUUGGGUCAGGCUUGCUGUUUCGACUUCUCCGUCAUCCCGGAGCCUUCAUUUGUCAGCUUGGAGAUACAAGGUGCUGAUGAGCUGAAGAGGCACAUAAAGAAACGGACAAGGCUGUGCCAAUAAUGAACUGAUUAUUUGUUUAGCUGCUAUUCAAAGUAUUACAUAGGAACGGCUGAGCAUACCACAGCAUUACCUUAUUAUAUAUAAUAUAACACUGCACUGCAGGUAAUCAUUUGGUUAUUUGCAAGUCAAAGAUGCUAAGAAGUUGAAGUUGAAGCUGGACUGAUUUGGCCAAAACUGUCAGUUUUUUCCAGCCCCUUUCAGACAUUCACACCUUUCCGUUAAUCUUCUGUCUGAAUGAACACCCCGGUCAGUUGUCUGUAAAAUUUACAACAGCAAACUUGCCUACAGUAUAUGUUAAGGUUUUGUGUUUCAUUUAGUUUAUAUGUCCCCAAAUUAAGUGUUGCAGCUUUUUGGUUAGCACAGUUUUAACCUCAACAUCUAGCCUUUGUUUAACUGGCAAAUCACCAAAUCAGUGCUUAAUGUGUACUUUAUAUUUUUAAAAAGUGAAAAGGCAGAUUUUAGAAAGGGUUAACAGUCACUGUAGUUGACAGAUGAAGUGAUUAUGUGUUGAGAGAGGAGAGAAAAGAUGAGUCUAAACAGAUGGAUGUAUGGAGACCUGCCCUGUGUGAUUUACAGUAGUGGGUCUGUCAGUGUUUACUGCCAAAAGUUGGCUUCUUUCAGCCUUAAUGCACGGACAUAUGUGUACAUACACGCACACCAAACUAACCAUAAUGGACUAGCUUUUUAUUAUAAGUUUUAUGCCUCUCUCAGUGAGACUUGAUCUUUAUGGCUGCUCUCAAAUCCAUAAAAGCUGGUACCUCCCAAGUGUCUUUGCUCACUUCUCUCUUUGAGCCAAGAGGAGACAUCAAUCCACAGGUUGAAAUAAAAUAUAUGCAGGAACCUG